AUGCGAGCUCUCGGCCUGGUCGGCCUUGUUGGCGUCGCCAAUGCCGUCUGUCCGUAUAUGACAGGCGAGCUCGGCCGUCGCGAUACCAACCCCGAUGCUACCGAGGCCACUGAGGAAUUUCUGUCCGAGUACUACCUUGACGACACGGACUCGUACCUGACGACUGACGUCGGCGGCCCAAUUGAGGACCAGCAGAGUCUCAAGGCCGGUGCGCGCGGGUCUACCCUGCUGGAAGACUUUAUCUUCCGUCAGAAGAUCCAGCGAUUCGACCACGAGCGGGUCCCCGAGCGUGCCGUCCAUGCUCGGGGUGCAGGUGCCCACGGUGUCUUCACCUCGUACGGCGACUUCUCCAACAUCACCGCCGCCUCCUUCCUCUCUGCUGAGGGUAAGGAGACCCCCGUCUUCGUCCGGUUCUCGACCGUCGCCGGCAGUCGUGGCAGUUCUGACCUCGCCCGCGAUGUCCACGGUUUCGCCACCCGCUUUUACACUGACGAGGGCAACUUUGAUAUCGUCGGUAACAACAUUCCCGUCUUUUUCAUCCAGGAUGCCAUCCAGUUCCCCGACCUGAUCCACGCCGUCAAGCCCAAGGGCGAUCGUGAAAUCCCGCAGGCUGCCACGGCCCAUGACGCCGCCUGGGAUUUCUUCAGCCAGCAGCCCUCGACUCUUCACACCCUGCUCUGGGCCAUGGCCGGUCACGGUAUCCCGCGUUCGUUCCGCCACGUCGAUGGGUUCGGUGUGCACACUUUCCGGCUCGUCACGGAGGAUGGCUCCACCAAGCUCGUCAAGUUCCACUGGAAGACCCUGCAAGGUUUGGCAAGUAUGGUCUGGGAGGAAGCUCAGCAAAUUUCUGGCAAGAACCCCGACUACAUGCGCCAGGAUCUGUUCGAGUCGAUUGAGGCUGGCCGGUACCCUGAGUGGGAGCUUAACGUGCAAAUCAUGGACGAGGAGGACCAGUUGCGCUUUGGCUUCGACCUUUUCGACCCUACCAAGAUUGUCCCUGAGGAAUACGUCCCAUUGACCCCGCUGGGCAAGAUGACCCUCAACCGCAACCCCCGCAACUACUUUGCCGAGACUGAGCAGGUCAUGUUCCAACCCGGCCACGUCGUGCGUGGUGUUGACUUCACCGAGGAUCCCCUUCUUCAGCAGGGACGUCUUUUCAGCUACCUUGACACCCAGCUCAACCGCAAUGGUGGCCCGAACUUUGAGCAGUUGCCCAUCAACCAGCCGCGCGUUGCUAUUCACAACAACAACCGUGACGGUGCUGGCCAGAUGUUCAUUCCGCUGAACCCCGAUGCGUACAGCCCCAACACGCUGAAGGGAUCAACCCUCAAACAGGCCAACCAGACUGCGGGUCGCGGAUUCUUUACUGCUCCUGACCGUACUGCCAACGGCAAUCUUGUGCGUGCCAAGAGCUCCACCUUCGAUGAUGCUUGGUCGCAGCCCCGGCUUUUCUGGAACUCUCUUCUUCCCGCCGAGAAGCAGUUCGUGGUCAACGCCAUUCGCUUCGAAAACGCCAAUGUGAAGAGCGAUGUCGUGAAGAACAACGUCAUCGUUCAGCUUAAUCGAAUCUCGAACGACCUUGCCACCCGCGUUGCCAAGGCCAUCGGUGUUGAUGCUCCCGAGCCCGACAACACUUACUACCACGACAACACGACCUCCAACAUCGGUGCGUUUGGCCACCGACUCCAGAGCUUGGCUGGCCUGAAGAUUGCCGUACUUGCUUCUGUUGACGCAGAGGAAUCCUUCAGCGCGGCUACUGCUCUGAAGGCCGAGCUCUCCAACGACAACCUGGACGUCAUUGUCGUCGCUGAACGCUUCUCCAACGGCGUGAACCAGACCUACUCUGCCUCUGACGCCAUUCAGUUUGACGCCGUCGUUGUUGCCCCUGGAGCGGAGAAGCUCUUCGGUGCCAAGUCCGCGGCCAACUCCAGCUCAACCCUCUACCCUGCCGGCCGUCCCCUCGAAAUCCUCGUUGAUGCUUUCCGCUUCGGUAAGCCAGUCGCUGCUCUUGGCAGCGGCUCCACUGCUUUCGACAACGCUGGUAUCAACACCGCCGUCGAGGGCGUGUACGUUGCCGAUGCCGUGGACGAGAGCUUUGCCAACAACCUCGAGGAGGGUCUGACCGUGUUCAAGUUCUUGGAUCGCUUUGCCCUGGACUCGGAUGAAUAGAUGGUAGAAUGAGACUAGUAGCCGAGAGCUUAUCUGUAUAGAUAAUAUAUUUAUAUUUAUUGAUUUUCAAAUUUGACAAACUGUCCUAU